GAAACUUUUUUGUUUGUGUGUCAAUUAGGGUUAGAAUUAAAUUUUAAAAAGUUAUGGUUUCUUUUGAAUUAUGAUAAUGGAAAGGAAAAUCAAGUUAAAAACUUUAAAUAACCAUAUAACUUGUAAAAUAUGUAAAGGGUAUCUAAUCGAUGCGACGACUGUUACAGAAUGCUUACACACUUUUUGUAAAAGCUGUCUGGUGAAGCAUUUAGAAGAGAACAAUACCUGUCCAACAUGUAAUAUUGUGAUACAUCAGUCUCAUCCCUUGCAAUACAUCAGUUUUGAUAGAACUAUGCAAGAUAUUGUGUACAAGCUAGUGCCUGACUUGCAGAAAAACGAACUGAAUAGAGAAAGGCAAUUCUACCACCAAAGAGGUUUGCUAAACCCCAAGGAUAUUCCGUUGACGAAUGGUGAUCUGAACGGGGACGAUAAUCAUGUUGAUAAUUCCCAUGUUGAAAGUGAUUACCAUAGACAAGAUGAGCAAGUGAAUGUAUGUUUGGAGUGUAUUAGUUCAAAUUUGAAAACACUGAAGAGGAGAUUUAUUAGAUGCUCUGCACAAGCGACUAUACUCCAUUUGAAGAAGUUUGUAGCCAAAAAGGUUUUGAAUGGAAUGGAGAAGUAUAGAGAUAUUGAUAUACUGUGUAAUGAAGAGUUGCUAGGAAAGGACCAUACACUAAAAUUCGUUUAUGUGACAAGAUGGAGAUUUCAGAAUCCACCGCUAACCUUGCAAUAUCGACCGCGGAUUGACAUAUAAUGAGCCUUAUUUUUGUUUUGUUGGUUAUUUUUAAGUAAUUUAUCUCAUUUUGCUUUAUAUUUGUAUGUAUUUGCAAAUAAUUGUAUAUUGAAUUUAUAAGACUUAGCUAUUGAUAAUCAUUUGUGUUUGUCGUAAAAGUUGCCUCCAAAAAUAUUUUAUAUCCGUGGAAUUGUGGAGGUGUUGUGCAAUAUGUUUUGUAUAUAAUUUCAAACACAAAUGGAGAUAUAGGCUUUGACAAUAUCCGCAGGUUGAUUGAGCCCAGCUUUUUGAUUCGUGUUCACUGUUACCUUUAAUGUGAUGCUCAUAUUUUUUAAGUUAAACAACGAAUGGCUCAUUAUAUAUCUCCACUGAUUGAAGUAUCCAUAGUGCUGCCUGAUGCCUGAAGCGUAGCCACAAUUUUUUAUUCAAACCACAGCGAGCUUUAUGUACUAAGGACUUCAUUAUGGUAUAACUUUAUAAUUUAUCUUUAAAACAUGGGCGCCUAUCAGAGGCGGCCUAUGCCCCCUCCUUGCGAAGUAAAAUAUACCUAGCAGGGUACCCAUUCUUAAGCGACGGUGUGUUUUUUUUCAAACAAUCCAACUGCAGUAACUGAAAAUAAUGAUGAAUUAAUUUUGGUAUCAAGACGAAUCUAAGGACACCUGAAAUGUUAAGAUCCGUCAAGCUGUUUGGGCUGUAGUCCGCAAAAUAGAAAGUUGAAGUUUUUGUUUGAAACCAGCCAUUUAUGUUCUAUAAAGAAAGACAUGUAGUUUUGCGCAAACUUCUAAAGAUGAAAAACAAAGAACAAUCAUAGGCAUGUCGGCAAUAAAGGAACAGGAGCAGAAAUAGAAGAAUUGACAAAAUUUUAGUACAGUAGCGGACAAAAGUUUGGAAACAUUCCUAGUAAUUUUUAAAAAGUGUGCUAUUAUUUUAUUCUUUAUUAUUGAGGACUUUUUUUCUCAUAUAGUUUGCUUACAGUCUUGACGAUACAAAUAACAAUUUGCGUUUGCUGUGGUACUACAGACUAGCAUUAAAAUACCUUCAUAUUAUUUUAUGACCGAAAAUGAGACGACAAAAGUAUGGAAACAUAUUUUUCAUUAUAAAUCUAAAUACAAUGACUCUACAAAAAUAUUUAAAAAAUACUGUUUAGCUAAUAUUUGGUAGCCUUUAGCAUUCAACACUGCCUGACAUCUGCUGCUUAUAGAAGAGACUAAUUUUCGAGAGACGUCUGUUGGGAUAUUUUGCCAAAUAUUUUUACAUAAUCAAAUAAAUCGCUCCUGUCUUUAAAUGUUUUUUGUCGGUUGUCUUUUAGCAUACUCGCAGAGAUGUUCUAUAGGGUUUAGGUCCGGGGAUUGCGAAGGCCAUGUAAGAACAUUAACAUUUUUUAGUCCUAACCAGUCGUUUACGAAUUUUAGGGUUUGCUUGGGAUCAUUAUCUUGCUGGAAUGUCCAUCGUAAAGGCAUUUCUUCUUCACUAAGAAUAUGUUUGUAUAUUUUUUAUCCAUUUUCCCAACAAUUUUAACAAUCAGACCCGUGCCAGAGCAGCCCCAGACCAUGAUAUUGCCUCCACCGCGCUUAAAUUUUGGCGACUGAUACUUUUUGUCGAAUCUUUUUUGUAUUGGACGUCUCACAUAUGCCGUACCGUCAGAUCCAAACAAGUUAAUUUUGCUUUCAUCGCUCCAUAAAACUGUAUUCCAUUGUUGUUAUGUCCAAGUUAGAUGAGUUUUAGCAAAUUCAAGCCGAGCAAUACGAUUUUUUUUAUCCAAAAAGCCCAAAAUCUACCAAGCGUCUCUGCACUAUUCUGACAAAGAUUCUCGGCACCCUCUUCUACGAUUCUUUUGAAAAUCUGUGUGACUGGCAUUCGAGGAUCUUCAUGGGAUAAACGUUUAAUGUAGCGAUCCAAAACAUAAUCAUUUUUUUCCUGUCUUCCGCACCUGGGCCGUGUUGCUGUUGAUCCGUACUCUUGAUAUUCACUAAUAAUUUUCUAAAUCGUCCCUUUGUUCAUUUUUAACCUUUGAGAAAUGUCAAAAUUUCUGACACCACUUCUAAAUAAUUCAAUUACUUUGUCUCUUAAAUCUUUUGAAAAUUCUUUUACUUUUUCCUUUCUCACUGAUGUUAAUAUUUACCCCACGCAACAUCAGAGUAUCGCAGAACGAAUAAAUACAGCAAAACUGAGGUAUUUAAAAAAACGCGUGUUUUUAUUUUCAGGGAAUUUGAAUACUGACACGAUAAACCUUGUAUUAGUAAUAGUAAAUAGUAAUAAUGUUAAUAUUUGUUUCCAAAGUUUUGCCCGCUACUGAAUACACAGUAGUCGCACUACUAAGACAUAUCUAGAAACACCUUGUAUGUCAUAAUCCAUAAAGCUGUUUAAGCUGUAGCUGUAAAAUAGGAAUUUCAUGGUUACAAUAUUUUAAUGAAAUCUGCCAUUUUGAUUUCAUAAAACUUUAUUAUACCCAGGCUCACUCGCACUGCCAAGACAAAUCAAUCUAUAGACACAUCAUAUGUCCAAAUCCAUCGACCCGUUUAUGCUAUAGGAAUUCAAGGUUUCUUUAUUAAGUAAAAGAGCACCGAAUUUUCAAUCGCCGGCACCUAGAUGGAAAUCCUGCUGGGUCCACCAAUGUGCCCCCCUUGAAUUUUGCUAUAUGGGCGUCCAUGCUUCAAAAUGCCAAAAGAAAGAAAAGAAAAAACCAAAAAGGCAUAAUAUUAUUACAUAUUUAGGUAAUCGAUCAUAUAUUUUGUUCACGGCGUUUAUGAAAGGUUUCUUAAAACCUAUGUAUUGUCUAGCGUAUUCUUUAUACUACUACAUACUUUUUAUUUCAUCCUGAGUGUACAUUAUGCCACGGGUAUACAUACAGUCAUGGACAAAAGUAUGGAAAGAUUUGUUUUCUGGUUAUACUCUUAAUAUUUGUUAAUAAUUAAUUACAUACUAUAAAAUAAACAACUCAGUAACAUUUUAAAAAUAAAUGAAAAGACAAAAUAAAACCAAGUCUAUGAUAUGAUAAAUAAAAAACCCUUGGACAAAAGUAUAGAAAGAAUAUUUUCAUUAAGAAAAAAGAAGAAAAACACCACCAGAUCAUAACACUGCCACCACCAUGCUUUACUGUAAGCUUUUGAUACUUAAUAUCAAUUUUUUUCCCGACAGGUCUUCUUAAAAACGAUCUUCCAUCAGCACCAAAUAUUUUAAAUUUGCUUUUGUCAUUCCAAAGCACUGUAGGCCAGUCACCCCAAUUUAAAUAUCUCUGAGCAAACUGACGUCUGGCCUUUUGAUUUCUUUUAAACAGUCACGUUUUUUUGACGGCAACUCUUCCAAACACCCCAACAUCACGUAGACGUCUUCUCACAGUAUAGGCCGUUAUGUCUGUGUUGAAAUAUUGACGAAUUUCUGCAUCAAUUUGGGCGGAUGACUUAUGCGGAUCAGCUAUCGAAAUUCUUUUAAUGCCCUUAUCAGCUUAGGGGUAGUUUUUCUAGGACGACCUGACUUUGGCCGAUUAGUAACGUUUCCUAGUGACCGAAACUUUUUUAGAAUUCUAAGUCAACAUGUCUUGCUAUAGUACAUUGCUUUUCAACUCGACAACUUUAAGUCGCAACUCUUCCGGCAAAUAUGUACUUAUUUUUGCGCAUUCUUAAUAGGGUGAUGGUUAUAGCAGUGAUAUGAAAAAACUUUCCAUACGUUUAUCCAAGGCAUAAACAAAGAAAACGCAAAUAAGAUAGGAAUGUCUAUGGCACAAAAAGUAAACAUGUGAAAAUAUGUGAUACCUAAGCAGGCCUAUAAAAUGAACGGCACAAUUUAUUAUUGCAUACGAAGCGAGCGAAAAAUGUUUGGAAUAAAAAUCUGUCCAUAAUUUUGUCCAUGACUGUAUUUAGUUAUGUCAUUCGUAUAACUUUGUCCGAUUUAUUAAUUUCUUAGUGUACACUCUGACGUGAAACAUUUUGAAUCUGACUUUUUACUAUAAUAUGAAAACACUGAAGAUGUGCAUUAUUCUUUGUUAUAGAAAAUUUAAGUUUUACGCCUAUUGAAACUACACUUCGGUCAAAAGAGGGCACCAUACUUAACAAAUAGUACAAAUUUUUAUAGUGCUUUUAGUAAAAGCAGGAUUUUCUACAUUUUGGCCCCAAAUAUUUUAAUCACAGUCAUAAGGAUGAUAUGAUGAAAUGCAAAUUGUGUACAUGUUUUUUGAAAAUCGAUUUUGUACAAUACAUUCUGACUUUAUGGUCUGCUCUCGAUUGAGAGCUAUUAUAAUAACACUUCAUCUAAUGCUGCAUUUUCUACAGAUGUGAUUUGUAUACUGUAAUAUAUUUUGCAAAAUCAUCAAAAUAUCGUAUGAACAGGUUUUGUUGUAAAUAUUUUCGUAUAUGUAAUGCCUGCAUGUUUUCUUUCUUUCUACUUAUGUGCAUGUACAUAAUAGAGAGACAAAUAAAUUUGGUAAUUUUGUAUUCGAAAUUUGAGUCAGACACUUUUCUAUGGUAUGUACAUAUAGACUGCAACGGUGCAGACACUUUGGGAAUGAAAGUUUUUGCUGUAUAAAUCAAAAAACACGACAAUGCUGUAAAAUAUUUGCUUGACAUUGCUAUGUGGUUUCACAUAAUGGAAAUGUUUUUUUUUUUAAAUAAAUAAGAUAGGAAAAAUGGCCGCUGGCGGGGUUUGAACCCGCAUUUCCUUCAUUCUGUGCGAGACUACCUAACCAAUUUAGUCUAAUCAUAUUAGACGAAAAUACCCAUGGUUUGCGAAAUAAUUGUAACGUCUGGUUUUAUUGUGGCAAGUUGUUCAAGGGGCUAUUUAAAACAUGGACGCAUAAAAUGGGUGCACCAAUUUUUGUGGGAAAGUUUUUUGUUAGACAAAAAAAGAAUGAGAAAUCGCGUUUUUUUUUCAAUUCAAUCGAAAUUGUUGGCAGGAACGAAAAACUCUUCGUAUAAGAUUUUUAAGUAUUUAUGAGACCUACAAAAUGAGACCACACGUAAAAAGAGCCGACUAAUAGCAAAAAAGUUAUGACCAAAAACCGAGGCAAAAUGAAAGUUUUGGCACGAUAGAGUUUCUCGCAAAUACUUGAAAUUCUUCGAAUGCGUAGGAUUCAUACUUCUAAAUAACCACACCCAAAUUGGUCAAGUAGUUUUUGAGAAUCUCUAAUUGUUUAUCCAUGUUUUCCGGCCAUCACUACUAGUUUAUUGAGCAAUAUACAGGGUUAGUCCAAAAGGUAUUUUAUAGCAAAAAUAGACUAGUUUACCUUGCCGAUAUGAAUCGCAAACCAUUCCGGAAGAUAAAUAUUUUUAUGCAAAAAAGAAUGGGUUACGUUUUUUCUUCUAAACAAAUUCAAACACGUCGUAUUUGUGAGUAAUUCGUAACAAAAGAUGAUAGACACAUCCGCUUUGUUUUAAAAUGCGUAUAGUAACGUGUGUUUUUGUUUAGAAGAAAAAACGUAACCUUUAUUUUUUGCAUAAAAAUAACAUUCAUCUUUCGGAAUGGUUUGUUACUCAUAUCGGCAGGGUAAACACGUGUAUUUUGCUAUUAAAUGCUCUUUGAACGAACCCUGUAUAUUGCUCAAUAAACUAGUAGUGGCCGGAAAACAGGUGUUUUGGGAUAAACAAUUAUAAAUUCUGAAAAACUACUUGGCCAAUCGACUCCAGUUUUGUUGUUUUUAUUUAGAAGUAUGAACGGAUUUGAAGAAUUUCAAGUAGUUGCGUGAAAUUAUCGCCACAUUAAAAAAAAGUACCGAAACCUGCAUUUUGCCUCGUUUUUAGGCCAUAACAUUUUUGCUAAUAGUCGGAACUUUUCACGUGUGGUUUCAUUUUGAGGUC